UGCUCAUUGGCAAAAUAGGAGUUUGCUUAGCUAGAGAUAACCUGGCCAUUCCAGAGAGGAUUUUAAAUAUUGCCAACUAAAGGCCAUAACUAUUUUGCACAAGAUAAAUAGUCAUCUAGUAGGAUAGUUUAGCUUUUAGCUAGUAUUAUUUUGUGAUCACAAAUAGUCAGUACUUUAAUUAGGAAUCAUAUUUUCUGUAACAAUUAAUGCUUGGCUUUACUCUUGUGCUAUGACCAGGUUAGCUAUUAAAGUUUUGUAUCCAAAAAAUCUUUACGGAUACAUUGGCAUGAAUCAUAUGCUUCAACGCGUGAAUUGGAUUGCUCGAGUCGGCCUAUUUAGCACCCGCAACAUCCAACCAUGAAUUCCUUACCCCUAAUUCUUUUCUGAGCUCUGCAAAUCCUCUACUUGUGUCUUCUUUGCAACCAUGGCAGUCCGCAUGGGUGAGAAGAGGUCCAUGUUCCACAAGAUGUUUGAGAAGGAGUAUCAAUAUGCCCUUGGCCAGCAAGAUGUUGACACCAUGCAUGGCACUCUUGCUCGUGAAGUCGUUGGUCAAGCUAUCAACUUUGGGGUGGGUGAUUAUGGCACUCCUUGGCAAGGUGCUUUAGGCUUUACAGGACAUUGGGGUGAUCCCAUCCAGGAAGCUCCUAUCGGCGAAUAUUAUGGCCAGAUGAUAGGUUCCAUGGCCUUACAUAAUGAAGUGGGCAAGGCGUAUGCUGGAACUAGCUCUGUAGUAAACAAUGCUAUAGGAAGGAAGUGGACUUAUGAAGAUGAUAAAAAGCUACGAGAACUUAUCGAGUGCCAUGGUAAUAGAGCUUGGUCGAUUAUUGCAAGGGAAUUUUCUAGCAAAACUGGCAAGCAGUGUCGAGAGAGAUGGGUCAAUAAUCGAGACCCGAAAAUUAAGAGGACGGCCUGGACAGAAGCUGAGUUGCUAUUGCUGGUGGAGUGCCACAAGAAGCUCGGCAAAAAGUGGUCUAAGAUAGCCAGGAAAAUCCCUGGCCGGUCUGAGAACUCCAUCAAGAACCAAUGGUAUGCGGCCAAACGCAGCUUGAAGGCAAAGCGCAAGAAUAUAAAGAAGGAUGACCGUCCUGGCAUCAUCGAGGACUACAUGCGCACCCUUAAGAAAAAAGGAAAGAACAUGGUCAACGAGGUCACGGUGCCAUUUCGAGGCUCCAAUUUUGCUGCCUCAUCUCAAGUGCCAGAGUCGAGUGACAACCCACUGCCGCCGCCGCCUAUGUCGGCGCCGUUCCUGGGCCUCAACGUCAACGUGGGCGACCACUUCACUCCGGAGGCCAUGUACGACGAUCCCAUCUUCACUGACAAGCACCAGCCCUUUGCUUACCCCCAAGAUACCGAGGAGAGUGGCUAUCUGCCGUCCCCGUACGUGCUGGUGGCGGGGCACCCCUUUGCUGAAGAUCACCAGGCCGGUGGAUACCACAGCCAGCUCCAGUUCCAUCAGCUCCCAACCUCUGUGCAGCAGGAGCAGGCUUUUAGCAACUACCGUGCAACUGAAGACCCUAACCAAGUGUUUGCAGGUCGCUACUUCCAUGAGGCUAUCCGUGGCCAAGUGCUGGCAGGUCUCUACUAUCGUGAGGCUGGGUCAAGCCACUACGACAAUGGCGGAGGCGGCGGCAACCCCACCGGAUCACCUGAUACCGUCGCAAAUCGGCUCGCUAUGCUUGCCAUAGCCGAUGAAGGGCCUUCCCUGAACUCACCCCCGCCGGUGGAUGCUUCUGAGAAUGGCUUCAGUUUCAUUAUAUUAGUUUAUCAUCAGACUUUUUCUUUCCAAAUCAAAAGAAUAGUUUUCAUCAAUGAAUUGUAUCUUGCUAUCAAUAUUUAAUUUGCUUGUACUUUGUUGG